GUGCGUGCAGGAAAACCGCUACCGUGAUUGUUCAGCACUGGAUCAACGAUGAGGGUAAGUAUUUUGUACCGAGCGAAUAAUUGAUAGAAAGAUACUUGCAGAGCCAAGCAAGGUGGUCGUCUUGUACCGAAGAAAAGAAGAAGAUGGCUUCAUCCGCGUGGUCCAUUCCUCUCUUCAGCGCGGGCCGCGCUGCCAACCAGCAGAAUGCGCUGCGUUUUCUCGCGGGCAGUCUCGGUGGGUACUACAUUUACCUCGCCUUUGCCACUGCCAAGCAGUGCCAAGACCACGAGCACCUGCCGCGCCACCUGGACGGGGAGGAGCGAAAAAAGAUUUUUGACCGUAUGGCGGGCGACUGGGACCGGAUCAUGGAGAAGGACGAGUAUCUGACCGGUGUGUGGUGGUACCGGCGCUACCUGGUGGCCGGGUUCGCCCGUGGACACGUCCUCGAGGUGGCUUGCGGGACCGGACGCAACCUGCACUACUACGACCCGACUUUGGUCAAGUCCCUGACACUGUUGGACUACUCCGACGCAAUGCUGGCGGAGACCCGGGAGAAGGUGCGCAGCGACCCCGAGCUGCAAAAAAGCUGUUCCCUGGUGGCCGCGGAGCUGGACGAAGCAGAACCGCCGCGUGUUGAUGUGGAGGGGACAACAACAGGAGGGGGGAAGAACACUGCUGAAGUCAUCAGUGGAGGCAAUCAAAAUGCACAGACACUAUCCGACUCGUCUUUUGUACCUGCCUGGAUUCGAAAUUCCGAGCCUGGCGUUCUCUUUGCCUCUCUGAAGAGGUCCGUUUCUGCGGCGGUUCACGAUCGCCAAAACCGCCGGAGCUGCUGCGGAGAACAAGAAGCACGGCAUCAUGAUGUGGUUGAGAAUUCAGCGCAACAUCCGGGUGGUGCUAUGCAGGUGCGACUGCAGCAGGGCUCCGCGGAAAGCGAAGACUCUUUGCAGAGUUUGGGACAGUUUGACAGCGUCGUGGAGACGUUCGGCUUGUGUUCGUACGGAGACCCGGAGGGCGCGCUGCAGACCAUGUGGCAGCGGGUGCGCCCCGGCGGCCGACUGAUCCUGUUGGAGCACGGGCAACCCAAGAAGGGCUUGUUCGGCCUCGUGCGCAAAUACUCGGAGAUCGCCAUGGUGCCCAAUCUCCACCGCUACGGUUGCAACGCAAACCUGGAUAUCUUGGGAAUCAUCGAGCAGACGCUGCCGGAGUCGGAUUUUGCGUUUGAAAUCCAAAAGCGCCGCCAGUUCGGACACUUCUACGUACUGGUCUUGCGGAAAAGUUCGGACAAUGCCAUCGCAACAUGA